AGUAGUGGAGUGAACAGUAGCUGGGAAAGACAGAGAUUUAUUUUUGGAUAAUUAAUGAAGUUUUAACUUUAAAUAUGCGACGUGUCAUUAACCUUAUCUUAGUACUCACAAUUCUCACACUAUCGAUCUCGUUAUCAAAUGCAUUUGUGAUCAAAUGCCGUUAUAAUGAAUGGGAUUGGAAUUUUAAGCAGAAAGUCUACGAAUGUCAAGGAACUGCACUUGAACUUGAUGAAUCGCCUGGUUAUGUUGUUGAUGUACGAGGCGAGCACAUGAUUGGUGGAAAUUUGACUGAAGUUGAAGCACUGAGAUUCAUGCAUAAGGAGAAUAUAACUUUCAUACCAAAUGGAAUUGGUAAAUUCUUUCCAAAUUUAAAGGGAUUGAGUUUUAUGAAUUGCAAUAUCAAGACGAUAUCGAAAGAUCAUUUGGCUGAAUUUCCGCAAAUGUUUCAACUUAGCUAUAGUCUUAAUGCUAUUGAAUAUGUUCCUGGCGACACUUUCAUCUACACCCCAAAAGUUCAGCUCAUCAAUUUCUCAGGAAACAACAUUAAGCGUAUUGGCCUUGGACUCUUUAAACCACUUAAGAACCUACAAUACAUCUGGUUUGAGAAGAAUGUCUGCAUCAAUAUGAACGCAAAAGUUUCUGCAUUUAAACAACUCAGACAAGAAAUCAAGCAGCAUUGUUAUGGCGGCAAGACUGAAUGUUUGAAAAUUCCAAGAAUAUUGACUCGAUGGAACGACACCAAACCUGUGGAAAUGUGUGAAUUAAUUAAAGUUUAUAAAUUCAAACCUAAACCAUGGCAUGAGCUUGAAAAGUUCGAAAGAGAGAAGGCACAAAACGAGAGAAAGCAAAAGGAAGAUUAUAUUAAAAAGGUUCUGAAGAUUUGCGAGUAUCCGACUCCAGUUUAUCGAUUUAUAGAGACAAUUUACUACAAAGUGGUCAAAACUAAUGACAAAGAUAUUAAACUAGCUAUGAGAGAUGAAAGGGAGAAGAAAACUAUUGAUACUCUUCUAAAGAUAACUGGGAUGGACAAAUUUCAGAAUGCGAACCGUUAAAACUGAUUUUGGAUUGUUAAAAAAGCAUAAUAAAAUGUAAAUUUAACAGUAAUUUCGAAG